GGGUCCGCCGAGCUCUGCCCAGCAUGCAGGCAGGGGCUGGAGGUGACAGAGACCCCGAGGCACACUGCAGAAGGAGGAGAGUUUGGCAGCUGGGGCACCGGCGUGGUCCACCUCACCUAGUCCCAGGGAGAAGGCCUGGGCCCAUGACAAACAUGCUGGGACAUGGCCAGCCCGCCCCCGAGGGGCACAGGCAGGAGGCACCCGACCCCUGGCGGCGGCGGCAGGCGCAGGAGGGCAGCGUGCAGCUGGGGUGUGCGUGGGUGGCAGCGAGGAGGGGCGGAGGGAGGAAGCUGGCUUCCUGAAGCCUCCUCAGCCCUCAAAGACAGACCGACAGACAGACAGACAGCUGGCAAGAGGCAGCCCGGGGGACACAGCUGCUUCAGAGAACCCCAUGGCUGAGUGAGCCUCCCCUGCGCCCAGCUCCCACCCCAGCAUGGUCCAGGCCCGUGGGGGGCGCUCCAGAGCACAGUCACUGACCUUGUCUUUGGGGGCAGCCAUGACCCAGCCUCCGCCCACCAAGGCACCGGCCAAGAAGCAUGUGCGGCUGCAGGAGAGGCGGGGCUCCAAUGUGGCUCUAAUGCUGGACGUGCGGUCCUUGGGGGCUGUGGAGCCCAUCUGCUCAGUGAACACACCCCGGGAGGUGACCCUACACUUUCUGCGCACAGCCGGACACCCUCUCACACGCUGGGCCCUGCAGCACCAGCCACCCAGCCCCAAGCAGCUAGAAGAGGAAUUCUUGAAGAUCCCCUCAAACUUUGUCAGCCCUGAAGACCUGGAUAUUCCCGGCCACGCCUCCAAGGACAGAUACAAGACCAUCUUGCCAAAUCCCCAGAGCCGUGUCUGUCUAGGCCGGGCACAGAGCCAGGAGGACGGAGACUACAUCAACGCCAACUACAUCCGGGGCUACAACGGGCAGGAGAAGGUCUACAUUGCCACCCAGGGACCCAUGCCCAAUACCGUGGCAGACUUCUGGGAGAUGGUGUGGCAGGAAGAAGUGUCACUCAUUGUCAUGCUGACUCAGCUCCGAGAGAGCAAGGAGAAGUGUGUCCUCUAUUGGCCCAUGGAAGAGGAAACCUAUGGGCCCUUCCGGAUCCGUGUCCAAGAUGUGAAAGAGUGCCCAGAAUACACCGUGCGGCAGCUCUCCAUCCAGCACCAGGAGGAGUGCCGGGCAGUGAAACACGUCCUCUUCUCGGCCUGGCCUGACCACCAGACCCCGGAAUCGGCAGGGCCCCUGCUGCGCCUGGUGGCUGAGGUGGAGGAGAGCCCAGAGACAGCUGCCAACCCAGGGCCCAUCGUGGUCCACUGCAGGGAUUGGCCGGACCGGCUGCUUCAUCGCCACCCGAAUUGGCUGUCAACAGCUGCAGGCCCGAGGGGAAGUGGACAUUCUGGGCAUCGUGUGCCAACUGCGGCUGGACAGGGGCGGGAUGAUCCAGACUGCGGAGCAGUACCAGUUCCUGCACCACACCUUGGCCCUGUACGCUGCCCAGCUGCCGGGGGAGCCCAGCCCCUGACCCCUGGUGCCCUCCACCAGCCCAGGUGCCAACUUCCCCCAGGCCUGGGAAGCUGGGUCUGGGGAAAGUGGGCCUCAUGGCCUGGGGUCCUCCUGGGUGGACAUGGGAAUGGGAUGCCCCCUGGGUAAGCAUGUGUGGUCACAGGAAGCUGGCCAGCAAGGACCGAGGCCAGACUCCAGGUCUUCACCGCUGGCCACUCCUCCGCUUCCUUUAGUGGACACUAGGGACAACCUCGCACGACCCUCGAGACUAAAAGAUUAGAGCUGGUAUUGACAACAGGUCUGAGAAAGAAGCCCAGGUGUCUGAUUUGCUAUAAAACCUCUAGGAGCUUCAGUCUCUUCCUCUAUGACAUGGACACUAAGUGCUCUGCUGCCAUAAGGGGAAAACAAUCAGAGAAGAUCCUAGAAGCCGUUCUAGCUGUAUCCCCUUCCUGGGGCCAGCAAGAGAGUGAUCCCAACAUCAUCCUCCACGGGGCCCUGCCCAAGGACAGGCCAAACGCCAGAGC